AUGUUUCUAAGGUACACUUAUUGGGGAAAAAUUUCAACAUAUGAACAAUAUUACUACACAUCUUAUCCAAAUGCGACCAUUGAGGAACGUCACCAAGCUUUAGCAAAGGAUAUAGAUGCUCUUUCUAAAACCUAUAACAAGAACGAUAACAAAUAUUUGAAAUUGAAAUCAUUUAGAGACAAAUUGAAUAAGGUUAGUGCUCUUUUGUGCAGAAUAGUAGACUAUAGAACUGGAAGCACUUCGUGGCUACAGUUUGCGAAAGCUUUUAGUCAGGUGUCCCGACUUGCUAGCGGACAGAAACUUGGACUGAGAUGGGGUGCAUCCACAACUGGGGUUUUCGCGUGUGCCAUUCGUCGCUGGCGAGCCAAAUCUUGUCAUAAUCACGAAGCAGUUACCAUCUCAAUUAGCCUCAGUGCUAUUGGUGGCAUGGUGCCUUGCGGAGCCAUGCCCAGUCUCCCCAGACUUUGA